AUGGCAAAUCCGACUACUUGCCUGGUAUUGAUGAUCUGUAUUUUCAGUUCAGGCAUUGUGCUGACAGCCACUGCUGAAGAUCUCGUAUCCCUUAAAUCGGGUUGCGAAUGCUCGAUGAGUCUGAGCUGCACAUGCUGUCAGGGCGUUAUCGUUAAGGCCAUGGACUUCAGCAAGAUGCUUUGCAUGAUACUUAAAGUAAAUGUAUUACAAGCGUCGGUGGAUAUGAGUAUGACGCUGGAUGGCAAUGAAGUGUUAAAGCUUACACUGGAUACGAAGACCACGCCCUCUUUCUGCGUACCCAUUAUAUCGCAGAUAACACCCAUGGUUGUGUGCUUCAAGAUGGACGCAAAGGUGUCGGUACUUAAGGGUCUCAAUAUCUGUCCGAUUUUCUAUAGCAGCUUUGCAGAGAAAGAACUGCUGUCCGUUGAUUUUCCAUGCCUCAAAUUGGGCAUGGAUGGCAUAAGUAUUGCCUAA